AUGGCCGACCAUCAGGUGCCGCCAGCGUGGGGCGAUCCGGCCACGCUCACCCAACAACCGCAGGGAGUGCCCUAUGGCUACCCGCCCUCGCCCCCUCGCCACCCAUCUCCUGCGGCAUCGCCGCACUCGUCGCCCCCUCCAUCUUCAUCCUUCGCCGCUUCGACGUCGGCCCUUCCAUCUUCAGCGUCCUCGCCCAACGUGGGCAACCAGCCGCAGGUGGUCGAGUACGAGCAGAGCUUCGGCUUCGUCGAGGUGGGCGAGGGCGAGCUAGAGGGAGGCGGCUACAAGCUCAAGCGGAAUGCAUCGACCGUCGUGCUCACCGGCGACGGCCUGGCCCAGCACCAGCGGCAGAUUGAGAGCCUCGAGCGCGGCAUGGACGACCUGCGCAUCGAGUUCGAACGGCUCAAGCUCCAGGUGCUCGAGUUCGAGGAGGAGAACCACCAGUGGUCGUUACGCUACUCGCGUCGCAUGGCCGUCGUGGCCAACGCCAGCUUGGGUGCGUGGAUCUUCUGGUCGCGCUUCAUCCUCUUCGUCAAGCGCCACAAGGCCGAUCUCAUCCAGGGCUGGCUGCGCUCAUCUUCAGCAUCUUCAUCUUCUCCUUUUUCAUCCUCAUCUUCUACAUCACCAGCCGCCGUCGCUACGCGUGCGGCCGCGCCGCUGCUGCGCCGCACCAAGCAGUCGCUCGUGCGGCAGGCCAUCAUCGGGGGCGGCCGGCUCAGCAAGCGGGCCACCUUCAACAAGCUCUUCACCAAGGGCUACAUGUUCGCCAUCCGCCACUCGUGGGUGUUCCUCCUCUCGUCCUACCUCAUCACCCGCAAGGGCGCCCGCCGCUGGGCCGGCCUCAUCGCCAGCACCUGCUACUCGGUCUACCUGGCCUUCUUCACCGACACCGUCCCGUGGACCUCCUACUUCACCAUCUUCGCCAACCUCCUCUACAUCACCGCCUGCCUCAAGGGCAUGAACGACGGUGAGAAGGAGGUGCCGUCGCUGUUCAAUCUCCACAAGGGCGGACGCGAGGCGACGCUUUCGUCCACGUCGUCUUCUCAGUCGGCUGGCCUGAAUGGAAGCGGCGGCGGUGCCGGAAGCGGCAACACGCCCGCGAUGAUGACCCGCAACAACUCGUUCGUGUCGCGCCACACGCGCAACCCGAGCCGCAGCGGCCGCAAGAUCUCGACGCCCACGCCGCUGUCGGCCUUUGCGUCGGCCUCACCCACGCCCUCCUUCUCGUCGCCCACCACGUCCUUCUCGUCGCCAUCCCAAUCGCGCCAGCUGGCCAUGGCCUUUUCAUCAUCAUCGUCGUCGCCUUCGACUUCGUCGUCUUCGCCCGUCGGGGACCACCGCUCGCCCUCGCCUCAGCCGUUCCCGCCGACCACCCGCAUGCGCAAGAAUCGAAGCAAUGUCAAGUUUGUGCUCGAUGACGAGAACGAUGACGGCGAGAACGACGCCUCUGCCACUUGA